AUGGGUCUCAAGUCUCUCAUUGUCGCGACAAUCGCUGCGGUGGCCAUCGCUGGGCCCAUUCCAGAUCCUCUCAAUAUGAUGAAGCGGGCUGGACCUGCGGCGGGCCAAGUGAUCACAAAGUGCGCAGCACCUGGUCAAAUUGCUCUCGCCUACGAUGACGGCCCAUCUCAGUACACACAAAAGCUCGUCGACACCUUGACCGCUGGUGGAGCUAAGGGCACCUUCUUUGUUACUGGUUCGCUAUAUGGAUGUAUCUACAACCAGAAGAGCGCUCUCCAGAAUGCCUACAAAGCUGGCCACCAGAUCGCAUCCCACACUUGGUCCCACCCGCAAAACUUCGGCUCCCUCUCAACCAACGACCUAACAUCCCAGAUGACGCGUCUUGAGCAAGCCCUCGUCAACAUUAUCGGUGUGAAGCCAACCUACAUGCGCCCUCCUUACCUCGCCACUGGCGGAAACGUGCUCCCAACAAUGAAGACGCUUGGAUACCGCGUCAUCACCGAUGAUGUCGACUCCGAGGACUGGAACGGCAAGACACCCCAGCAGAGCCAGCAGAAGUUCCAGCAAGCCGGUACCAGCGGUAAUGGACAUAUCCCUCUCAUGCACGAGACUUAUGCUUCUACGGUCAACACCCUUACGCCUUGGUUGAUCAGCUGGGCGAAGAACAACAAUCUCAAGUUGGUUACUGUUGCUGAGUGCCUGGGUGACGCUAGUGGCGCUUACAAGAGUGGUACACCGAACGGUGCCUCGACUUGCUAG